GACCAGUCAGCUGGGAGGAGAUUCGCGAUAAGUGGUUGAGGUCUCUUUCUGUUCUGCACACUCGUUUGGCCGCAGAACACGCCAGCACCACUUGGCUAGGAGGGGCUCCUCCAGCUCCACGAGGUUGCUCCCAAAGCGCAGUCCGUGCCUCAGUCGAUUGCAAACUUUUUCGUGGAUAGGACGUUUGUGUUCUUCGUGUGAGUCUACCAACUCAAUAUUGCAUUAUGGUAGUGCUGGAUACAUCUAGGUCCAAUACAUCACCCGUAAACAUGAGUCAAUACAUCCAACCGCCACCAAUGGAGUUUGAUUCGAAAUGCAGCCCAUUAGCCAUGCUUACUCAAGCGUGUAACAAGAUCGAAUCCAAUCUGAUGGGCGAGGGUUGUCCUCUACCUUCAUCCAGGCGAACUCUAAGCUCCUCAUCAUCCUCAACUUCACCGUCAUGUAGUGCAGCUGUCAAUAACAACAAUGGCAAUCUUCUCAAGAGCCACUUGAAAUUGGAGACAUUUUCGAGUGGACUUGUAGCCCGACCAAAGUCCUCGUCUACCUCCAUCUCGUCACUGUCACCACCUUCGUUGCCUGACAUGGGACAGGAGUGCAAAUCCCAAGUACCAUCCAGAACGCCCUCCGCAACUUCUCCCGCCUCGUCGUUGGGGUCUGAACCCAAACCAAAGUCGCCUGCCAAACAUUUGCUCAGUCCGUCAGAUAAGGGAGCUUGCUCGCCUCCACCUCCAAAGAGGUCCCCGAUGCCCAACCCUCAAACGUCUUCAGUGUCGUUGUCAGUGUCACCCCAUUCAGUGUUCUCUGGCAUGGUGUCAAUGCCAUCUAUUCUACCUCCAACUACCAUCUCGGCCUAUCCCUCGAUUGGGUCUAUGAGCCCUAAGCCGUGCACAGAUCCGUUAUGUCGUGAUCCCUCCUGUCCCACUUUUGCCAUGAGAAAUGCCCAAUUUUACUCGUCACAAGCCUAUGCAGCCGCCUUCGGCGCUCAUUCAGGGGCUCCUUUCUUCUACCCAGGAAUGAUUUCACCCAUGACGGCAACAACAACGGCCAAUUCACUGAUAGGGUUAUCCUCGAGUUCCCCUUUUGUUUGCAAUUGGGUUCAAGGGGCGGAAUAUUGCGGGCGACGAUUUUCAAACAGUGAAGAUCUCAUGGGUCACUUGAGGUCUCACACGUCGGGUGCCGCCGCCUCUGCCUCGUCCAAUGCUACCCUGGCAAUGCUGCAAGCCGCACAAGCUCAAGCACUAAUGCCCCCAAAUCCUCACGUCAGCACAAGUGCCUUGGCUAUGCUUCAGGCCCAAGCUUCCAAAGUGGCAGCAUGUAGUACGACCACAAGUCUGCCGCCAUCCCCAGUCACGAAGACUUCCUCGGCGUCAGAGAGACAUCAUCCCUACUCAAGACCCAAUGGAGUGGUCCCACCAUCGGUCGGUCUACCCGGUGGUCUGGGGUCCUUGCCACCUGGAUUUCCGCCCCAUUUAGCCGCGGCAAUGUUUCCCAACCCAUUUGUUCCAUCAGGCAUGGGAGGCGGACCCCCGCCUGGUAUGAUUCCUUACCCACAUCUCCUCUACCCAUAAACAGAUUGGCAGUUUGCAACGACCUGCAACAAUGAGCGAGCUCUCGAUGUUAAAUCUCUUCUCACUCUUUGCCAAAGAAGAACAUUACGAAGACCAAUGGAAGCGUGCAUGUGCUAGAGCGAUGUCAUAGACUUGUACUCCAGUCGUGACAAGGCAUCGUUCGUCUUUCCUUUCCAUUGGAGCGAUCCCCAAAGGAAAAACUAAUGAUGUGGGACAUACGUUCAAUCCAUCAAAGCAAAGGAGGAGUAGAGAAAACGUCCUCUUCGUUUGACAAGACCUCUGUUCACUGUCUCCGCAGCCUAUUCUUCUUCUUUAUUUCCCUCUCGAUCAUGAUGGUCGUCGUUCGUGGAAAGGAGAUGGAAGGGCGGGGACGACCCGUGCACCAUUGCCAGAGCUCAAAGGCCGCCGAUCUUUAGCGGCCCUGUCCUGGACCAGUGGGUGAGAGAACUGAGCAACCAAACCAAAUCGUCGCCACUGCACCUACUUCCAUCACUACCACUACCACUACUUUUACUACUACUGCCUCCUCCACCACCACCUUCACAAGGGCUAGCUAGAACUCCUACUCGUCCUGAGUGACUAUGGUGUCUAGUGGCAUGGAGGCAAAUGCUCGGGUUGCCAGAUCUGAGAGGGCCAUUCAUUUGUCAAACUGUCAUAAAGAAGUCGUUUCGUGUGUCGCACACACAACACACACACACACACACAAAUGGAGAAAAGCAAAGAAGAGGAAUGGGAAACUUAGUCAAUGCGCUCAUACACAUACACAAAUACACACUCAUGAGGGGCUUAGAGCAGAAAAUACGGGGAAUUGAUGGUAAGAAAGCUGAUGCGCCCCAUCAUUAUUCCGAUCUGCUGGAUGGUCAAUCCUGCAAACGCAACUGCUUCUACCG